UUGAACAAAGUGAACAUGUCGCUCGUUAGUGACGAUGAGUGGACCCAGUUUAAGACUACCCAUAACAAGGUAUAUGAAGGCGAUGAAGACCAAAAGCGGCGUUCCUUAUACGAGAAAACUAAGGCGAAAGUCGAGGAGCAUAAUAAAAAGUACGAGAAUGGCGAAGUAACUUGGAAAAUGGGCAUUAACAAUAUGUCGGACUUUACUCCGGAGGAAUAUGCAAAUAGGUGUGGAUCUAGAGCACCCAAAUAAUGAAUCUCAGAUAUUCAGCAUUUGUAUAUACAAUGUACAUGAACUU